AUGAUAAAAAAAACCCUUAACCCCCAACUCGUAAAGGGGGAGUACUUGGCAUGGAGGUCAGUGAAACGUGUCUACGAGGACCCUGUGGAAGACCAGGCAACCUUCCACAGUAGCCUAUUUUGGCAGCCUUCACUGCGGUACGCUGCACUGCCGCAGUGCGACUUUUAUAUCAUGCAUACUCGUGGGAAUCAUAUGGAGAACCUCAAAAAACCAAACACACUUGAUAAAAUGGACAAAACAAACGCAUCGGAAAACAGCAACAAUGGAGAAUAUGGAAAACUUAAAUACAAAUAUGGCAUUAGGAACACCCUAGAGAAAGCGGGGUCGUCUACUUCUACUGAAAAGGCCCUUGCAUAUACCGGCAAGAACGUAGCUGUAGCUACCAACAAGACCUUACCUGACUACAAGCGAAAGCGAUCAUCUUAUGAACAUGAUGACCAUCAUAAUAGAAAAUUGUCUCGAACCUCAACAUCACCACUCGAUAUCCAUCAUGUAAUUGGUAAGUAA